GACCUCCAUCCGGGAUCGGACAUCUGCAGAAGGAAGAAAAAAGAAAAUCUCCUGACAAUAUUUCUGUUUCCUACCUUUGGGUUAGAAGGCCUGAAACUCUGAUCCUGUUCAGAUAGAGAGGUGGUUAUGAAGACUUUCACGGAUAAAUAACUCUUCUGAGUGAUUUUUAUGGCCUUGUUAAAAGUUCAGAUGUUGUCUACUACCUCCAGAAAAUCACCUGCACAUUAAACCAAGCUAUUGGACCAAAAAAAAAGAGCUCCUAUCCCCGUGAAGCUGGUGCAUCUUGAUUUGUCAGUAUUUGUUAAAUUUGCUGAUCAUGGCGGAGUCCAGCUCACAGCCGGCGGCUGCGACAAACCUGCAGAUUGAACAGAGCAAAGAGGAGCCAGGUCUCACAGGAAGUGUCUCCAAAGAAACGGUUGUCACCAUGGCGACAGAGGGGUUCGAUCACAGCAGCAAAGUCGAGAGCAGCAAUGGAGCAGCAGACAGUCCUCGUCCUGUCCACGAGGAGGACGAGGCCACGCCCACACCACCUGAGUCAUCACCAAGUCUUUCUGAAAACAUGACCGUGACCCUCGUCACUACAGAAGACGAAACGCUUUCAGUUCAACUCAAACACAUCAAGACCGGUGGAGAGUCAGGUUUGGACCAGGACCUGGAGGAGAGUUCCUCAGUGCUGACUACAGGUGGUUCAGACGAUCAGCGAGAAUCCACUGACUCGGCGUCGCUCUCCAUUCCCAGCCUGGAGUUUUCAGAUGGGAUCAUAACCACAGGGAACUCUCUGGACAUAGAGGACGGACUAUCAUCGUCCUAUUCGGCUCCAGGCGUCGAAGGCUGCUCCUCGUCGAUGGAAGUUCCCAGUCUGAAGGAGGUGGUGGAGGUGGAAGCUGCAGGUGGCGCUGUUGCCACAGCUGCUGCUCCUCAUCCCAGUGCUACUGCAGCUCCUGUAGAAGCUGGACCUUCCAUGCCAGCUUAUUACCUGGUGAAGUGGAUCACCUGGAAGGAGAAGAAGACCCCCAUCGUUACUCAGAGUGAGAACGGACCCUGUCCCCUGCUGGCCAUCAUGAACACGCUCUUCCUCCGCUGGAAGGCAAAGCUUCCUGCUCAGACUGAAGUGGUCACCACUGAGGACCUGAUGGCUCACCUGGGCGAGUGUGUUUUAUCCAUCACUCCCCGAGAGAAGACCAAUGGCAUGGAGCUCAACUUUCAGCAGAACAUGAGCGAUGCCAUGGCCGUGCUCCCGAAGCUGUCCACGGGUCUGGAUGUUAACGUGCGUUUCACCGGAGUCACAGAUUUUGAAUACACUCCAGAAUGCAUUGUGUUCGACCUGCUGGACAUCCCGCUGUACCACGGCUGGCUGGUCGACCCGCAGAGUCCAGAGAUGGUUGCUGCUGUUGGGAAAUUGAGUUACAACCAGCUGGUGGAGAGAAUCAUUGACUGCAAACACUCUGCAGACAGCAGCCGAGUCACUGAAGGUUUAGUGGCGGAGCAGUUCCUGGAGUCAACAGCGACUCAGCUUUCGUACCACGGUCUAUGUGAACUCAACACCACGGCCAAAGAGGGAGAGAUCUCAGUGUUUUUCAGGAACAACCACUUCAGUACCAUGAUCAAACACAAGGGUCACCUGUACCUGCUCGUGACCGACCAGGGCUUCCUGCAGGAGGAGAGCGUGGUCUGGGAGUCUCUUCAUAAUGUGGAAGGAGAUGGGAACUUCUGUGACUCUGACUUUAGAUUGUGCCACCCUCCCAGCAGAGCCCCACCCACCUCCCACCUGCCACCCAGCUCCCAGGAGCAGCAGAGGCAGAUCGACCAGGACUACCUGGUGGCCGUCUCCCUGCAGCAGCAGCAGGGCAGAGCUCCAGGACCUCUUAGUGACUUGGAGUUGGCCCAGCAGCUCCAGCGGGAGGAGUACCAGCAGCAGCAGCAGCAGCUGGAAUCAGCACAGGCGUCACAACAGACCAGAGGUCAGGGGUCACACCAAGCCAGAAGGAAAGAAAAGGAUUCUGACUGUGUGGUCCUAUAGGCCCAUCCUCACCAUCGUCUGGAACACCUCCGGAACUCCCCGAGUCUGCUGCAAGAAGCUCACACGCUUCGUCAGCGCGGCGCCUAAACUCCAGUGCUUCUGUCCAGCGGGGUCACGGUUUCCUUUCAGGUUCCGGGUUGUAAAGUUGGAGAAAUCGGAGGAGCGAUUCUGUCGGACCAAACGGGUGCCACUGAUGAAAUGAAGGGUUCAUCAGAAUAACCAAGGUCUUUAUUUAUUAAAACUCUUAACUGCUGCUUUGAAAUCCUUUUUUAUUGUUAUUAACACAGAUAACUAAGUGUGGCCAGCAGCCAAAUCCUCCAGCCUGGUAUAGAACAUUUUAACCCUUUGAUGCAUAAUGGUCACUACAGUGGACAGGUACUCAAAAUUGUUAUUUCUUUAUUUUUGCUAUUAAGCACAGCUGUUGAAGACUUUAUUGCAUGUGAGCCCCUCCGUUUGGACUUCAGUAAGUCAAGCCACCAUAUUUCAUGUUCAGAAUGCACACUGUCCACUGAGGUGGACGUGUAAUAAAUUAUUUGUAAAUUAACAAAAUGUUACAAAAAAUAUUUGUUGAAAGUUGUUUCAUUCACACCUGAAGAUGAAUGAAAAAAAUUGUUAAAAAAAUCAUGGGUGAAGAUUUCAUAAUUCAUGCAUCAGAGGGUUAAAAGUAAACAAAUUCACGCACUAAACAUGCUGUUGCUGAUGUAGAAAUCAAAAAAACACAAAGAAGAAAAAAGUUUUUUUUUUAAUGAAAACGGAUCUGAUCAAUUAUUAAAUUAAGAAGAGCUUCUAGUUAUCAACCAUUACUGUCGUACCUGUCUGUAAAAAGCUUCCAGAACAACCUCUGUUUGGAGAAACGGCUUUUACACCGUUUGGGACUGAGGAGCUAACUGCUAGUCUGAGCAAAAUCAAGAUCAAAGUGAAUUGCUGUCCUUUUGAAAUGGUUCUGAUCCAUUACAUAUGUUACAGACAGAAAUGAAGAACUUCCUGUUGGACUUGACCUCUGGAUUAGCAUGAGUGCUACAUUCAGCUGCUGCACAAGAUUUUUGCAUUCAUGACUGAAAUGCAAAGUUGGUGACGAUGUUAAAAACUGGAAGGCAGUAAUGUGCCUAAGCUCACAUUAGCAGUUAGCUUGUCAGUCCAGUAAACCAUAAAAGCUAUUUUUCCAAACAAAGGCCUUUUAGGAAGUUGCAACUGCUAAAGUUUUAAUUGUUUUGAACUUUAAGACAGAAAUGCACUUCAGAAUGGCCAAAAGAUGAAAGAAAAGCAGUGAGAGAUCAUUCGACGAAUUCAGAUACAUUUUCCUUUAGUUCUGAAUUCAGCUUAAAGCCAAAUCCUUCAUCAGAUGUUAAUCAGCUCAGAUUUUAUUAAAUAGCUAAUUAGCCAUUAGAAUAGCGUGGAUUUAAUACGAGCUGGCGUCUCUGCUCCUUUUUUUCACUGAUCAGUGAAGUGAUUUCUGCGUCAGAAAACGCCAGUUAUGGCGUCUUUGAGAGAAAAUCUAUGGAGAAAAUGUUCAAAUCUCACUGAAAAGUUCCGUUCCACGACCCGCUGUGUUGAAACUUGUCACUUUUUAAUGCACUUUUCACUCUAAACCAGAAGUUCAUUCAAGCCAAGUCGAUAUU